AUGUCUCAAGACCACCAUCGUUUGCAAACUGUUCGAAGUGGUGGCUGCGCCGUCAUGACACGAUGGAUUGCCGCGAGGCGGGACUCCAUGCGCUCGAUCUCAGUGCGCAAAAUUUCGUUCUCCACGAGCAGCUUUUGGAUCUCGACUCUUAACUUUCUCUCGUUUGUCAAUCGCUUGAAUUUUGCGGUUUGUCUCUCCAAGCUCAAUCGAAAAAUGCUCCUCGAGCGUGGACAGUACGAAACUGGACGUUGCGGUUUGGCCGGCGAACUGGUUGUCGAUCGAUUCAAACGGCUGUCAAGACUGGAUACAGCCUUCUCCGUCCUAGUUGUAGGCGCUUCUGGCAGUGCGCGGUGA